UUCUUGCUGCAGAGCGUAGCCCUGGGGGAAGAAGAAAGCCUGCAGAUCGAUGCUGUUUCUUGGAGAGAACUCGAUCGCAGAAGAAUUAUCGAAAACUUCAUUCAAUGCUCAUCGUCAUCGUCCCUAAUAAUGCGGGAUCCUCAGGACGAUAUGGGAUCUCUAUCCUCGACCUCAACGUCUUCAUCAACGCGGUCCUCUCUAGUUUCAUCCGCAGCAUCGUCUUCAGAUAAGGCGCUCCGACAACAACGACUGCACCAGCAACAGCAGCCACAGCAUGUACAGUCUCAGAGCCAUGGACAGAGAGUCGCUGUAGCACAUGUCCAUGCGGCAGGCAGAAAGAUGUCGACCAGUUCCGCUGCCUCGUCCAUAGCCUCAUCCCCUGGGUCUUAUCCAACCAUGUUCCCGCCAAAGGGCGCAUCAGCACCCUCACGGUUAUCAACCUCAGCUUCUUCCAAAGGCGCUGCUCCAGGUAGCGGCAUCAGUCCUAUGGCCAUCAUUACCACACCUGCGAGCUACCUGGCCACGAAAUUCAGCAGCUCAAAUCAGACCUUCAGAACGGUCUCACGUUUCCUGGCAGUGCGGCACUACACAAAAAUGCAGGUCUUUACGGUCUCGGUCGUAUGUCUCAUGCUUGGCCUGCUCUUGCCGCUCGAGAAGCUUUUCUUCUUUGCCAAUGGCCACACCUCCAUCGGCACCGCCACGACGCAGUUCAGAGCUGGUUUCGUUGGUCAAAAAGCUGUGUUUGCGGCAUCAUCAUCGUCAUCAUCGUCGUCAUCAAGAGUUUUGCCUAUCCUAGUAACGACUACACAGGCAGGCUCUGGUGGCGAGACCAAGAACGCUGGUUCCCCAGAUUUGUCCAAGAUGAAUGAGAUUGUGCUGGAGCAAACCUCUUCGAAGGAUACGCGGCAGGAUGAACCGAUUGUUCUGCCUAUCGUCGAGGUCGAAGGCGCUCUUUAGACAUCGCCUUUCUUUUUUUCUUCUUCAUUAUUGUUAUUAAUUCCUUUGUAUUUGUAUAAUAAACAUCUAUCGACUGGUCCAUUUUGUAUAUGUAAAUACGGC